AUGGAUGAUAGGACAGUUGAUCUCAUAUUUGCUGGUUCUUUGAAACUUCUUCCUCCGGUCAGCUCCAAGAUCGUGAGGAUAUUCACCAGUUCUACAUUUACAGAUACAACGAUGGAGAGGAAUACUUUAAUGGCAAAAUGCUACCCUCGAAUAAAGGAUUAUUGCCGGGAGAAACACGGAUUGGAGUUUCAGGUGGUGGACAUGAGAUGGGGUGUCCGUGACGAAGCUACAGACGAUCAUAUGACGACGGAGCUGUGUAUGAGAGAAAUAAAGAAUUGCCAGCGUCUGUCAAUGGGACCUAACUUUGUUGUAUUUCUCGGACAGAAAUAUGGCUACAGACCAAUACCAACCUACGUUUUAUCCUCGGAGCUCCAGAUGUUACGUGAUGAGCUGGCAGCUGGUGGAGUAGAUGUCCUUGUUCUGGACACCUGGUACAAGAAAGACUCCAACGCUGUACCACCUGUGUCCGUACUACAGCCGAUAUCUUCCAUCCUUAUCAAUUUCAAUAAUAAGAGAGUCCCAAAGUUGCAAGCAGAGGAUCAAGCUAUUUGGUGGGAUACUCUCAGUAAAAUGCAGAAACUGUUUCGUAAAGCUUCCUCCCAGCUUUACAACGCUGGUAAAAUAGACAAAGAUACAAUGCACAACUACUUUAUGUCCGUAACUGAACGAGAGGUUAUCAACGGUGUCCUAAACGUUAAGAACACGAAGAACCACUGUCUGGCCUACGUCAGAUACAUAAACAACAUCAAUCUACAGAAUCUCAAGAAAGCGUGUAAUUUCGUUGACAUUCUAAACAGAAGCUUGGACACGGAGGCGUCGAAGUUAUUAGCAGAUCUCAGGGACGUUAGAUUACCAGAAAAAAUUGAAACAACUAACAUACAGAAAUAUACGGUGGAGUGGAUCGGUCGGGACGGCCUCGACAAUGAGACACACGGAGAAUAUCUUAAUCAUUUUAUAUCACACUUCUAUAAGAACAUCAUCAAACUUGUUGAUAGGGCUAUGCGCAAAGAAGACAGCAGUGCCCAAGGUCAGAUCGUGACAGAGAUCCUUCAGCAUCUACACGCUUGUAACAAUUCAGUGAAAGUGUUCCACGGACGGGAGGAUGAUCUCAACUUUAUACAGAACUACAUGACGAAUAACUCAGACAAACCCUUGGUCCUCUAUGGAGAAGGUGGUUGCGGUAAGACGAGCUUGCUAGCGAAGAGUUCAGCUAUGUCUUUGGACGAUUGGUUUGCUGAAGUUCGUCCUACAAACAUCAUCAGGUUCCUUGGAACUACUCCUGACUCCAGCGCCCUAACACCUACGCUGAUAUCUAUCUGUCAACAGAUAUCAUACAAUUUCGCGCUACCCUUCGAAAGUAUACCGGACGACUUAGUUCCACUGACAGCUCAUUUCAAACAGCUCCUCACUAUCGCAACACAACAGCAGCCAUUACUGCUGUUUCUAGAUUCAGUUGAUCAGCUUACUGGUAUCGGCACUGAGAACAAUAAAGUAUCAUGGCUACCCACCAGACUACCGCCUAAUUGUAAGAUUAUAGUCACUUGUGCUUGUGAAGAAGCUAACCCUGAAGUUUCCAAAGAAUAUGAUGUUCUCCGUAGGAUGAUUGACUCUGAAGAAAACUUUUUAGAAGUGAAGGCUUUGGGUGAAGACCUGGCGAUGCAGGUUUUGAAACUCUGGAUGGCUGCCGCUGCGAGGGAUUUAAGCAACUACCAGUGGCGUUUAGUUUCCAAUGCUAUUGGACAGUGUUCCUUGCCAAUCUUUGUAAAAUUAGUAUUUGCUGAGGUUUGUCGUUGGAGAAGCUACACUAAGCCACAGGACACUCACUUAGCGUCAACAGUUAUGGAUUCAAUUAUGAUGCUUUUUGAGAGGAUUGAGAAGCAGCACGGUCGAUUGUUGGUUUUCCAUGCUCUUGCCUACAUCACGGCUGCAAGGAGUGGUCUAUCAGAAACAGAGCUUGAAGAUCUCAUAUCACUUGACGAUAAAGUUCUGGAUGAUGUGUAUCAGUACCAUUUACCGCCAGUUAGGAGAAUUCCUCCUUUAUUGUGGACCAGGAUUCGUAAUGAUCUGCCCAACUAUCUGUCUGAACGCGAGGCGGACGGUGUGUCUGUCAUGAACUGGUAUCACCGACAGUUCAGAGACACAGCUCGAGAAAGAUACUUCAAGAACAUGAACAUGGCCAUGUAUUUUCAUUCUAUGAUUGCUGACUACUAUUUGGGUAUUUGGGGCGGUGGUAAUCCAAAACCUUUUAAGUAUACAGAAAUUCAGCGGCAUCGAUUUAAUCUCGCAGAUAGGGAAGGUGUGGCUGAUAGGAAAGUACCGCUACAACCUCUGGUCUUUACAUCUGCUGAUGGUUCAUCUAAAAGAUAUAAUUUACGGAAGUUUGGUGAGCUGCCCUUCCACCUGGUUCGCUCCAAACGAUUCACGGACUUGUACGCAGAAGUUUUAUUCAACUAUGAGUGGCUGCACGCGAAGUUACACUGCUGUCCACUACAAGCCGUUCUUGCUGACUUUGAAGACGCCAAGCAGCAUGUAGUAAAGGAUGCUGUUAGAGAAUUGAUGUUGGUAGCUGACGCCUUACGCCUGGGAGGUGCAAUCUUGGGUCCGUAUCCUGACAUGUUGGCUCCGCAAUUAGUAGGCAGGUUAUUACCCGAGGCGCAACAAAAUCCUGCAGUGUCUUCAUUGUUGCAGCAAUGUCAUGAUAAAGGCAAAAAUCACUGCGCCUUGUUGCCGUCACAUCAUUGCUUACAUACACCUGGUGGACCUUUGAAGUAUUCUUUAGAAGGACAUCAGUUUGCUGUUUUUGCAUUUCGUCUCAGUUCAGACAAACGAUACGUGGUGUCCAUAUCAAGUAGAGUAAUAUCCUGGGAUCUAUCUACUUCAGAUCUUGCUAGGGACCUCUGCCCUCAAUUGGAAGGAAUUAUGCAAAACUUGGAACUAUCACCAGACAACAAAUGGGCUGCAGCUUCUACAAAUAAUUCUGUGUCCAUACUUCUUAAUAUGCUGACAAGUGAAUACAUCACGAUUAUGAAUCCAUUGGAAGAAGGUGAAACAGUCCGCGGUGUGUUCGUAUUAAACCACCAUAUGUUUAUCUACGGGCCUCACUCGUGGGUGCGUUACUCCAUGCGUGGAGAACCACAAGAGACUCAGCCAGCGCCCCCUCACACGCCGUAUGACGACGUUGAUUGGGAGAUACUAUCAAUGGAUCUUAGAGAUCUAGAAAAUAUAGUUCUCGUAAUGUGGAGUGGAGAUCUGGAUGAUGAUCGACUUCUGGUGCACUUCUGCAAGAAUGGACAGUGGAUGAAGCCGCUUAGAUGUAGAGGAGCUCUAACAAUGAACAAGCAUUGGACAAAGUUAUACACUAGUGACCCAGAGAGAGGUUACCAAAUUUCAGUUUACGAAAUAAAUGAAGAUCUAUCAAGUUGGGAGAAGGUUGAGGAGUUACACCACAGUGAAACAGACACAGCGGAGGCGAUGCUCCAGUUGAAAAGAGGAAAGAAGGACCGAAUGUUGCUCGCUACAACUACAUAUAGUUUUGUAGUUUGGGACUUCAAUAAUGUUAUCCCGAGAGGUAAUCACACAGACGGGGGGAAUGAUUCAGAGGAUAAGAAGGCUGAAGAAGAGGAAGAAAAAACUGAUAUACCAGAAAAAGACUUAAGGCUGGAAGGAAUAGUUUUAAAACUCCCACAUACAAUACGAAAUAUAUCAACUAAAAUGACUUUAUCUAAUUCUUUCAUGAUCAGCAAAAAUAAUACAUAUGCAUUGGCUGGAGUCAGAAAGAAUUUAUAUGUAUGGAGUUUGGAGACGACAAAACUGAUCAAAAUCCUCGACGCCCACUUCGGACGAAUCGUGCAACUAGAACCAUUGACAGUUGGCACUUGGAACAACGUGAUCACCUCGUCCAUAGACAGAACCGUGAAGAUAUGGAACAUUGAUAAUAUAUUUGAACAAGUCCACAAGAUUGAUAGACAGGAGUUACCAAUUGAUUCGAUUAGUCUCGCGCGUGAUCAAUUCUUGGCGGUGACCGUAACCCGUAGUUGUUGGGGUCUUUGGGACACUAGCACAGGUCGUUUGCUCUGUCAGCUGGCUGACGCACCUCUUGGUGCUAUAGUAACUCACGCAGUUAUUACCCCAAGCGGAGAAAAUGUUAUCACCGCUGAAUCUGGAAAUGUUGUUAUUUGGGAUACUCCCGAAAGACAGGUUUUGUUCAAAGAAGAACAAAAAGGAGUAAAGCAACUCCUCCUUUUGGAAGAUGGUUCCAAAUUUAUAACAAUAUCGAUGAUCGUACCAACGGAUAAUAUAGACAAUGUGGCUACCGCACAUAUCAUUUCAAGAACAGUGCCUGAAGGUGAAAAAAUUUAUACAGUGGAUUAUGAUGUAAGAGGCACGGGGUAUAGAGCAGCAGUAGUGUCAGUAGAUGAACACCAUAUUGUAGCUCCUGGAAUGGAUAAAUCCAACAGGGAAUGUCUUCACGUCUUCCACGCAAGAACCGGAGCACGAUUACACAGAAUUCCCAUCAAGAACAGCGGCAUCAAGGACAUGGUGUGUGUGUGUGCUCUCCCUCAUAAGCCACACUGGCUGGCUGUUAUUGGGAACGACAGAGCCGGCAUCUUGGACAUUAAGACGAAACGACAUAUUCGAUUCGUUCCUCGUUGGAAUGGCGCAUGUACAAGAGACGGUAAGACGGGCCUCUGCGCUCCAUCCCGUGGCGGUCUUGACUUAAUAGAACUCAAGCGAGGGACUUCGGUCCAGCAACUGAUCUCACGAGCCGCGGAGGGAGUUUUUUCCAUCAUCACAAUGUUUAGCUCAACUGAUCAAUACGUAUUCUAUUAUCACAGUGGACGGAAAACUUUGAGGGUUUUCAGAACCAUCGAUGGAAAAGCAAUAGCUGAAUACAGAGCACCCGCAGAAGUCACUGGAGUGGCGAGCGCACACGGGGGAAAAGCAAUAGCUAUCGUGUCACAAGAUGGAUGUUUGACCAUCCUUAAUAUAGUUGAUCCUUAUGAAUAG